UCAUUUCCCUCUCUUCCUCCUUCUCCUUCCCCUCACUCUCUAACCGCCAUCAUCAUCAUCAUCAUCAUCAUCAUCUUCUUCGCCACUGCACUUGAGCUGAGAGGCUCUCGAACCGGUGCAGCCCCUGUCGACUUCGCUGGGUUCUUCAAUGCGUCUGUACCGAAUUCGGUGAAGCAAAAUUAAGCAGCUAUUAUAGCUGCAUAUCGUACGAAAAUUUGCAUCAAUCAAAGACAAAAUGACUCCAGUUAUCCCAUCUUCUCUGAGCAAUAUCUCCCUUAUUCCUGGAAGUGGCUUUUUGACAAGGAAGAAUGUUCGAUCUACCCGAUGCGACAUAUUAGGGACAUGGCCAACUUGCACCUCAUUCUCACAAGGACACAGUUUGCCUCUACCAUCAUCCAUCGUAUUGUUUCCAAGAUUGGGGUAUGGGCUUCGUUACAAAUACAGGAGUCACAUAUUAUUUGCCACAGGAACUGAUGUAGCAACAGAGGAACAAGAUCCUCCUGUUGCAGAGGAAGAUUCCAGUGGAUCAUCUGAAAGCACACCUGGUGAAGUUGAAACGAGUGAGCAAACCUCUGUCCAACCAGAAUCAAGUUCAACGCCUGCUCAAGCUAGACGGUCAAGGUCCACUAGGAAAAGUGAGAUGCCACCUAUAAAGAAUGAAGAGUUGGUUCCUGGGGCAACUUUUACUGGGAAAGUAAGAUCCAUACAGCCAUUUGGUGCUUUUGUUGAUUUUGGAGCUUUCACCGAUGGCCUGGUACAUGUUUCCCAGUUGAGUGACCGCUUCGUUAAGGAUGUUGGAAGUAUUGUCUCUGUUGGACAAGAGGUAAAGGUCAGGUUAGUUGAAGCAAAUAAUGAGACAGGGCGGAUUUCUUUAACCAUGCGUGAAAGUGAUGACACUAGCAAGCCACAGCAAAGGAGAGAUGCUCCUGCAAGUGGCGAUAGGCCUAGACCUUCCAGAAAAAGUAAUGUAGGACAGAAGAGAGAUGACGCCAGGAAAAGCUCGAAGUUUGUAAAGGGGCAAGAUCUUAAGGGCACAGUUAAGAAUUUAACCAGGUCUGGUGCUUUUAUAUCUCUUCCCGAGGGAGAAGAAGGGUUUCUGCCAACAUCAGAAGAAUCUGAUGAUGGAUUUGUAAGCAUGAUGGGAGGCUCCUCACUUGAAAUAGGUCAAGAGGUUGAUGUUCGAGUUUUACGGAUGUCAAGAGGACAGGUUACAUUGACAAUGAAGAAAGAAGAAGAUCUUAAGAACUUAGAUGCUGAGCUUAGCCAAGGUGUUGUACAUGUCGCAUCAAACCCUUUUGUGCUGGCAUUCCAGAACAACAAGGAAAUUUCUGCAUUUUUGAAUGAGAGAGAAAUAUUGGAGAAACCAGUGGCACCAACUACUUCUGAUGAAAUACAAGGAAAAGUAGGCAAAAGUGAAACUGCAUCAGUUACUGAAGUGCUGGGUCAACCAGCAGAUGACAGUGAAACAACAGCUACAGUCCCUUCCACUGUGAAUCGAGAAACUGCAGCUUCUUCAGCUGGUGUGGAUUUGGGAGACAUUAAAGCUGAUGAGGACUCAACCAGUUCCACCCCUGAUGAUAAAGAAUUAGAAAUUGUGGCUUCGAGCUUGUCACAAAGCGUGGAUGGUGCUACACAAGCGGCUGUGGAAGAAGCGGAGGUCAGUCCUGAAGCCUUGACUGCUGAAGGGAGUGAAUCAUCUGUCGAGUUGGUAGCUGAAAAGGCUUCUCCAACAGAUGAAUUGGUAGCUGCGGAGGUGGCUCCAACGGGUGAAUUGGUAGUUGAGGAGGCUGCUCCAAAUGAUGAAAUGACAAGUAAUGAAGUUCCUGAAUCCUCUGGGGAGACAACUAGUCAGCUCUUAUCGUUAGAAAGCCCAACAGCCAACGAAGUCGCAAAGAGUGAAUCAGAUACUGCCAUACCAAAAGAGGAAGAACAAAUUGAAAUUCCUAAAACUGUAGAUGAAGUUGCUGAUGUAGUAUCUGGAAAAGGGAAUGAGCUCGGAACUUCUACGGAUGAAAAUGGCAGCAUGAUUGGCUCAGAUGUGCAAACAGAUGAUUCUUCUCCGGAUGCUAAAGGUGAUGUGGAAAUUAGUGGAACUUCUGAUGUAUCCGGAGUACCUGCAGUUGAUGCAAUCCUGUCUUCAGACAGUCGGAGUGAAGAAGUUGAAGAGACCAAACUUGAAAGUGCAACAAUUGAGCCACUUGAACCAAUAUCUUCAGGUGAUUCUGUAGUAUCUUCUGGAGCGCCAGCUGAAGAUGUCACUGAGGAAAAUGGCACCGUUGCUGUAUCUAAUGGAAAUGCUAGCAGUGGUUUGCCAAAUGAAAGUGGACCAAAAGCCAGUAUAUCACCAGCUCUUGUAAAGCAGCUGCGUGAAGAAACGGGUGCAGGAAUGAUGGAUUGCAAAAAAGCUCUCUCAGAGAGUGGAGGGGACAUCGUGAAGGCUCAGGAAUUCCUAAGAAAGAAAGGCUUAGCUAGCGCAGAAAAGAAGGCCAGUAGAGCAACUGCUGAAGGCAGAAUUGGUUCCUAUGUUCAUGAUAGCAGGAUUGGAGUCCUAAUAGAGGUGAACUGUGAGACUGAUUUUGUCUCUCGGGGUGACAUUUUCAAGGAACUGGUUGAUGAUCUAGCCAUGCAAGUGGCUGCCUGCCCUCAAGUUCAGUAUCUGGUGACAGAGGAUGUCCCAGAAGAAAUUGUCAGCAAGGAAAGGGACAUUGAGAUGCAAAAGGAAGAUCUCUUGUCAAAGCCAGAGCAGAUUAGAGCAAAAAUUGUUGAAGGGAGAAUCAAGAAGAGGCUUGAGGAGUUGGCAUUACUGGAGCAGCCUUACAUAAAGAACGACAAGAUGGUAGUAAAGGACUGGGUGAAGCAGACAAUUGCUACCAUCGGUGAAAAUAUUAAAGUUAGAAGAUUUGUGCGUCUCAAUCUUGGAGAAGGAUUGGAGAAGAAGAGCCAGGAUUUUGCUGCCGAGGUCGCUGCGCAAACAACAGCAAAACCUCAAGCUCCUCCAAAGCAAGAGGAACCUGUAGCUGCCAAAGCUGAGGAAACCGUUCAAAAGCCACCGACGGUAGCAGUUUCUGCUGCACUUGUCAAGCAAUUACGCGAAGAAACUGGAGCAGGAAUGAUGGAUUGCAAGAAAGCUCUCUCUGAAACAGGAGGCAAUCUUGAGAAGGCACAAGAGUACCUCAGAAAGAAGGGUCUAUCCACUGCAGACAAGAAAUCAAGCCGCCUUGCUGCUGAAGGCCGUAUUGGUUGUUACAUCCACGACGCUCGCAUUGGAGUGCUAAUUGAAGUCAAUUCUGAGACGGACUUUGUGGGUAGAAGCGAAAAAUUCAAGGAGCUGGUCGAUGAUCUGGCAAUGCAAGUGGUAGCCUGUCCUCAGGUACAGUUUGUUUCCAUUGAUGAAAUUCCUGAGAGCAUCGUGAAGAAAGAAAAGGAGCUCGAGAUGCAGAGAGAGGACCUCCAGUCGAAACCAGAGAACAUUAGAGAGAAGAUUGUGGAGGGACGAAUUUCUAAGAGGCUCGGAGAGCUUGCUCUUCUAGAGCAACCGUUUAUCAAGGACGACUCUCUAUUGGUGAAGGACUUGGUCAAGCAAACCGUCGCUGCUCUCGGCGAGAAUAUAAAAGUCAGGAGGUUCAUUAGGUUCACACUCGGGGAGACAAUUGAAGAUGCAAAGGCAGGAGAUGAAUAGAAGGUGCAGCUGAAACCAACUUUGGAUGAUUGGCGACACCAAUUUUAGGCGAGAGAAUGAGUUUUGAUCUUACAUAUUGAGAUGAUAUCAAAGUUUGAAUUGCAAUGAUAAUUUGUACGGUGAAUCACCGCGAAAGCUUACAUUUGGAUUCUACAUUUUGGAGACAGACCAUAGAGGAGAGCUUCGUAAUUCUUUUUUCAGCGUUAAAUAACAGGUUGCAGAGGCGUUUUCAAUUUUA